AUGAUUUUUCAACAAAAAGAAGGCAAUACGUUACAUUUAAUUAAACAACAUGUAGUUGAACUUCCCUUGAAAGUUGUGUCAAUGUGUCCGACAAUGGACUUGAUCGCUGUCCAAACUAUUUCCGGAAAUAUUUGGAUAGCGAGGUGGUAUAAUGCUUUGGAAAAGAUUUGGACUUUAUUACCCAACCAAGAAAAAGUUGAAAAAGUAAUUGCCAUUGGAUAUUCAAAUGGAAAAAUAAAACUUUACAACGUUGAUAAACUAGAAUUACUUCAUGAAUUGGCACAAAAACCAAAUGAAACAACAAAUUUGAGUUUUAUUCAAUGGGUUCAAGAUACAGAUAACAAUUCGGAUGAUAUGAUUUUUGGGUUACAAUAUUUGCCACGAUUGAAUACAUUACCACAUGUUCAACCAAUUAGAAAUAUUCUCGAUGCCGAAGGAGAAGAAUUAGAAGAUGAAACAUCAAAUUCAAUUGAUCUGCUUUUAGCGGGUGACACGCUUGGAAAUUUGCAUAUGAGUGUUUACGGAGUAUAUAAUUUUCAUCCAAUUUCUUUAUCUCAUCAUCUUAAGACGAAGAAUAUAAAAAUAAUGAAGGCAUCAGUCACGCCUGAUCUCUCACUUAUCACGCUCUUGAUUCAAACUAUUGAUGAUCAAACAUCUGUUGAUAAGUCAUUGAUAACAGGUCGAUUAUUAGUGGUCACUUUUAAUACUGGAUUGUUAUAUACCCGAAAAUUUGAAAUCCGGAUAUUAUCUCAACGAUAUACUGCUAUUAAAUAUUUAAUGGAUUAUGUAUUUCAUGGAGUCAAGUUAAUUGAGGUAGAAUAUAAUAAUAUGAAACGUAUAACAAAUAAAUUUCUUGAUGCUUUUCAGGAAGUAUUAAAUAAUCAUACUAUAAAAACAUCGUUAUCUGCUGAAUAUGUUCGAUUAUUGGCUACCGGAAGGCCAAGUAGUAUGUUAACUGAAUAUUUUGAAUCACAUGUUACAAAAAGAGGUUUAAAGGAUUGGGAAAACAAAGGUCAGAAAUCUUUUAAAAUAAUUCGAGAAUACAUUCAUCAUCAUGUUCGGGCCGGUUGCGAAAGGUUACUUUUAGAGUUGAAUGCGUUAGUUGGAUAUAGCAAAUGGCCUCAAAAGUUUAAGGAACUUGGCCUUACUGAAAGUUUUGUCCAUUCAUGUUUAAUGUCUACUGGAUGUUUAAUUUCACGUCUAGAAAAAUUAAUGAACGUUAUUGAUGAAGAAUAUAUAAAUUUUAAAGAAUUUCAACAAUGGAUUCAAUAUGAAAUUUUACCAGCAUAUCCAUAUGAUUAUCUUUCAGUUAAUAAAUAUUAUCGUCCACAAACGCUUGGAUCUUUUGUCAAUAUGUUAAUGAAAAAUUGUGAAUCUUUAUAUUCAAUGACAGCAAAUAGUGUCGCGAACUCCGUAACAGCAAAUGAAUACAUAGACAUUGUUAGUGGAUUAAUUGAUAAUAAUGAUAAUAAUAAUGAUGAUAAUAAUGAUGAUAAUAAUAAGGAAUUCCUUCAGAAAACAGGAAAAGAAAACGAAUUUAAAAAUAUUUUAUUGACCGAUAUGAAAAUUAUAGUAGAGAAUUCAAAAAUAGUCGAAUACAUAGCAUUUUAUAUAUCAGAUAAGAAAAGAUUUGAUUUACCUUCCUCACUGUGGGUUCUUCGAUUUCCUUUAAAUACCGGAAAUAAUGAUAAAUUAUCAGAGUCCAGACCUGUUGAAAUAGCGGCCAUUCAAUUGAUGAAUAAUGAAUACCCCGAAGAUUAUCUUUCAAUUACAGAUUUAAAAUUAUUUAAUGAUGAAAUAAUGCACAUUAUUAUUGUUGGGUCAGAUAAUAAAGAUGACGAAAAUAACGAAGUACAUUAUUUAGCAGAAAUAAAUUAUACAAAUUUGAAUUUUAUAUCAAUUCCGGGACCGCAAAAUAUUGAAAAACUCAAUGAUGAUUUAAGUGUCGUUGAUCAAGUGUUGGAUAAAAUGCGAUCUCAAAAUUUGACAACUAUUAAACCAUCACAAUUGACUACAAAUGGUACCAGAGAUUUGGUUUGUGUACUUAGUGAAGAUAGGAGAAGAGUAAUAAUAUAUGAUACAAAUGGUCAAGAAGAAAUUGAUGAGGAAAAGAAUAAUGAAAAGGAUGAUGAAAGUUUAGUAAUGAUGGAAGAAUAA